AUGCAAGCCUCCCACUGCCUCAGCCUCAGCCUCAGCAGCCACCACAAUUUUACAUGGACCCGACACCACCACAGCCUCCAACCACCACAGCUCCGUCGUCUAAAACCCCUUGCUGCCGUGGCUGCACCAGCACAGCCGCUAAAGCACCAGACAAAGACCCACUCAAUGCCACAAGAAAAAAUAGAAAUAUUCAAGUCAUUAGAGAAUUGGGCUACACAAGAAGUACUUCCGCUCUUAAAACCAGUAGAUAAAUGCUGGCAACCCCAAAACUUCUUACCUGACCCUGCAUUACCAUUUGAUGAGUUCACUGAUCAGGUGAGGGCCCUACGUGAUCGGACGGCUGAGCUUCCUGACGAGUACUUUGUUGUGCUUGUUGGGGAUAUGAUUACCGAAGAUGCAUUGCCCACUUAUCAGACCAUGAUUAAUACACUGGAUGGUGUUAAAGAUGAGACUGGGGCUAGUAACAAUCCAUGGGCCUUAUGGACCCGUUCUUGGACUGCUGAAGAGAACCGGCAUGGCGAUUUGCUUAGGAGUUUCCUGUAUUUGUCGGGUCGGGUUGAUAUGCUCAUGAUUGAAAAAACUGUGCAGUACUUGAUUGGAGCUGGCAUGGACCCGGGAACAGAGAAUAAUCCCUACUUGGGCUAUGUAUACACUUCAUUCCAAGAGCGAGCCACAUUUGUCUCACACGGUAAUACGGCGCGUUUAGCUAAAGAGGGCGGUGAUCCAAUACUAGCGCGCAUAUGCGGCACAAUAGCAUCAGACGAGAAGCGGCACGAGAAUGCUUACGCUAGGAUCGUUGAGAAGCUGCUAGAAGUAGACCCCACAGGUGCAAUGGUAGCAAUAGCUGACAUGAUGCACAAGAAAAUCACAAUGCCAGCCCACUUGAUGUACGACGGGCAGGACCCGCAAUUGUUUCAGCAUUUCUCAGCCGUUGCUCAGCGACUUGGGGUAUAUACGGCGGAUGAUUAUGCAGAUAUCUUGGAGUUUUUGAUUGGACGGUGGGGAUUAGAAAAGUUGGAGGGCAUGACGGGUGAAGGGAGACGUGCACAGGACUUUGUGUGUGGGUUAGCGCCUAGGAUUAGGAAGCUACAAGAGCGAGCCGAUGAAAGGGCUAAGAAGAUGAAGCCACAGAGCGCCAAGUUUAGCUGGAUUUUCAAUAGGGAGGUCCCACUGUAA